AUGGAUGAUAUAUAAUCUCCGGCGUCCAGUCUUCAGUUUUUAGUCGUUAAACCCAGCCAAAACCUUGAAAUUCGUCGCCUUAUCGAUGCGCUUUAUCUCCAUUCUUCAAUGGCUCUAGUACCUCCUCGCCAGUUAUAUCCAGCGACAGCAGCAACUGCAACAGCAACCUUCCUCGAUUCGUUUCAAUCCUCUCUCUCGAGGUUCCGUGGCACCCCUCUUAAUUUCUUCAGGUACAAUUCCUCCGUUUUUCCCCUAAGAACUGUCAAUUUCUAUGUUACCCACCAGAGUUUCAGCUCGCUCUCACGCUCUCACCGAUUCCCACAUGGUAAAUUCAAUGCUUUUGCCCCCAAGGAACCCUCUUGUAGCAGUAAUUGGUUAGAUAGUUGGAAUAGAACCCACAAACUAAAUCGUCCAAAACCGCCGCAGGCAGUGUUGAAUUAUAGAAAAAAUGGGAGGGUGUCAAGUAAUUAUUCGAAUGGGGAUGAUUACGGUGGUGGUGGUGAUUCUGGAGGUAGUACAAUGGAGAAGAUAGUGGAGAAGUUGAAGAAAUUCGGGUACAUUGAUGAGGGGAAUGAGAGGGAAGAGAAGGGGAAGCAGCAGGAGAAAGUGAUUGAAAGAGGGUCUAUAGAGGACAUAUUUUAUAUGGAAGAAGGACUCUUGCCGAAUUCUCGUGGUGGGUUUUCAAAGGAAUCGCCUUUGGGAAUGGAUAAUGUGUUUGGGAGUGAUGGGGAAGUGAAGUUUCCCUGGGAGAAGCGAAAGGAGGAUGAGGCGGAAGAGAAGUGGACGGUGAGGAUGAAGAGUAAGACCUCAUUGGCCGAGUUGACCCUUCCGGAGUCUGAAUUGAGGAGGCUGAGGAACUUAACGUUCCGGACAACGAGUAAGACAAGAAUUAAGGGUGCAGGUGUUACUCAAGAGAUUGUGGAUGCAAUCCAUGAGAAGUGGAAGACAUCAGAGAUUGUUAGGUUGAAAAUUGAGGGGACUCCUGCACUUAACAUGAGGAGGAUGCAUGAGAUAUUGGAGAGAAAAACUGGAGGGUUAGUGAUUUGGAGGUCUGGGACUGCUGUUUCUUUAUAUAGGGGUGUGAGCUAUGAGGUUCCUUCAGAGAAACUGAAUAAAAGAAUUUAUAAGAGAAAUGAGAUAAUUACCAAUCCCUCACAAACAGCUAUUGAUGAAACUAUUCAGAAUCCUUUAGAAUCAGGUUCUGAUAAAGACCAACGUGCGCUUCAAGCCAAUGUUGAAACUACUGGAGAGGAGAAUAAAGACACAAAAUCAUUGCCAGAAGUAGAUUAUGAUAGUGAAGUAGACAAGCUAUUAAAUGGUCUAGGUCCCAGGUACACAGAUUGGCCAGGAUGUGAACCAUUGCCAGUAGAUGCAGAUUUGCUUCCUGGGAUCAUCCCUGGUUACCAACCUCCAUUUAGAGUGCUUCCUUAUGGAGUAAGAUCUACUCUAGGACAAAGGGAGGCAACAGCUUUACGAAGACUAGCCAGAUUUCUCCCUCCACACUUUGCCUUAGGUCGAAGUAGGCAGCUUGAGGGUCUGGCUGCAGCCAUGAUUAAAUUAUGGGAAAAAAGUUCAAUUGCCAAAAUAGCACUCAAACGAGGAGUGCAGUUGACCACUAGUGAGAGAAUGGCUGAAGAUAUCAAGAAAUUGACAGGGGGCACAUUGCUCUCUAGAAACAAGGACUUCUUGGUCUUCUAUAGGGGAAAAAACUUUUUGUCAUCAGAAGUUGCUCAAGCAUUACUUGAAAGAGAAAGAUUGGCAAAGACCUUGCAAGAUGAGGAGGAACAGGCACGGUUAAGAGCAUCGGCAUUUUCUGUACCAAGUGCUGCAUUGGCUGAGCUACCUAAAGCUGCUGGUACCCUUGGAGAAACUUUGGAUGCCGAUGCUCAAUGGGGAAAGAGAUUAGAUGAGAAUCACAAGGAAAAAGUGAAGAAGGAAGCAGAAAUAACGAGGCAUGCCAACCUAGUUAGGAAGCUUGAAAGGAAUCUAGUUUUGGCUGAAAAAAAGCUAAUGAAAGCUGGAAAGGCCUUAUCUAAGGUGGAAGAUUUCUUAAGGCCAACUGAAAGGCAGCCUGAUCCUGAAAGCAUAACCAAUGAGGAGAGAUUUAUGUUUCGCAAGCUGGGGUUAAGAAUGAAAGCUUUCUUACUUCUUGGUAGGCGUGGUGUUUUUGAUGGUACCAUAGAGAACAUGCACUUGCACUGGAAGUACAGGGAAUUGGUCAAGAUCAUCAUGAAGGCUAAAAGUUUUGAUCAGGUGAAAAAAGUUGCACUGGCACUUGAAGUUGAAAGUGGAGGUGUCCUGGUUUCUGUUGACAAAGUGUCCAAAGGGUAUGCUAUAAUUGUGUACCGAGGAAACAAUUAUCAGCGGCCUUCCACGUUGAGGCCAAGGAAUCUUUUGACAAAAAGGAGGGCCCUGGCACGUUCUGUUGAGCUUCAAAGACGCGAGGCUCUUGUGAAGCAUAUUGGCUCUCUGCAGACUAAAGUGGAAAAACUAAGAUCUGAAAUAGAACAAAUGCAAGGUGUGAAAGACAGAGGUGACGAGGAAUUAUAUGACAGACUGGAUCAUGUUUAUCCAACUGAUGAUGAUGACAACGAUGAUGAUUAUGACACAGAGGAAGAAGACGGGGCAUAUCUCGAGACAUAUGAGAGUGAAAAUGAUGAUGGAGAUGAACCUGAUGAUCUAAUUCACAAUCUCCACUCAGAAACGGUUGUCCAGGACCAUAUCCAACAUCAGGAGUCAUACUUAGAAUCCUAUGAUCCUGAAGCACUAGUAUAUAAUACAUCGUGCAACAAAACUGAUGAAGUGAAGUAGAAAGAUAAUGAUCAUCGAUAAUCAAGAUUGGCAUUAUAAAGGGUCUCAGAGCAUGCAUCCACCAAUACAACAGAUCAAUCAAGCCAGCAAACAUACAAAAAGGUUGUGCCAUGCCCAGCAUGUAUGUUAGUGUCCUGAUCUUUCCCGAAUCAAUCAUUUACGUAGUUUCACUACUUCCCGUGAAAUGUUAGAGCUCAAAGCAGAUGCUACUUGAUUGAUGCAAAGCAAACACACUACAUCAAGCUUACAAGAAUGUUUAUACUCAAAACAUGUCUAGGAAAAUAGAUAUUGUUUUGGCAAUGAGAGUCAUGUUCUAUAGUUUGAAUUGCAAAACCAGAAUUAUUAGAUUGGGGGACAAUUCGAGUUCACCUUAGCAAAUGUUUUAAAUUAUACGUAGUCUUGGUGUAAUUUAAACCGCAUUGAUAUUUUUUUAUUUUACAAUAAUAUCCCUUCCUACUA